GACUGACAGACAUCCUUGGCGAAAUUUAUACUGACCAGGCGGGGGAGUUUGCUAAAGCAUGCGCCAUCAUUGGGGCAUGUAACGGUACGGCGACACCGGGCAUGCCACGAACCAACGGCCUAGCUGAGUCGAGAGUCAAGGAGGUGUUAAGCGGGGCGAGAGUACUGCUGAGACAGGCAGGGUUGGAGGCGAAGUGGUGGCCAUACGCUGUGAAGGCAUAUUGCCUCCGCAAGAACGUGAAGGAAGUGGAUGGGGACGAGACACCGUACCGAAAGAGACAUGGUGAAGAGAAGCUUCAGGUUGAACUCAUGCCUUUUGGGUGCCUAGUGGACCUCCUACCCAUCGCCGAUAAGCCGCGGAGGCCGAAAGAGGGGAUCAGCGAUGAACAAGCCGAGAGGGAGGAAGCGGAGGAAGAUGCGCGAGUCGAACGGGGUGACGAAGAUGUGUCGAGCAUAGCCGCGCCGGCGGUGAAGGCGAAGUUCGAUCCGCCUACUUCGCCCGGUAUUCAUCUCGGGUACGCACAACUCCCAGGCGGAAAGACGAAUGGGGAUUACAUGGUUGCGGAGAUGUCACACUUCCUACACGCGGUGAAAAAGCCUGCGGCGCACCAAACCAAACGGAUUGUUCCACCGGAGCAUGAGGGAUGGUACUUUCCGAUGGAACGGGUGUACGAGCAUCGGACAAGAUUGAUGACCGAGUCGAGAGCACGGGCGAUAGCCAAAAUCGAGCACGACCGCGAGAAUGGGUAUGUGCUCAACGAUGCAGUCUUCGACGAGGGAAGGGAAUCGAAGAGAGACACAAAGCAGAAGAUCGAGGACGAUCGAAAAUUCAUCGGGGAAAGUGACUACUGGGAGCACGUUCCUGACGAGAGAAAGUGGGUGCUCCAUCAUAUCAUGAUGAGGAAAGACCUAGUCUUGCCCGGUGAAGAAGCAUUGGCAGGUGACGGCCCGGGAAGAAGGGAACUAGAUAAGUGGAGAUACACCAGGAUGGUAUCCGCGUCGGGGAAGGUGGAAGAGAGAUGGGACGACAGAUGGGAGUGUACCACCGCACCGAAAACACGAUGGUGUGGUGAGAGUUGUUUCUGGGAGAAAGGGUGCGCGCCCGAGCCUCCCAAGAAGAACCGGGAGCAAAAGGAUCAAGGAGUCCGAUCCCGGGGAGUGGGUCUUGACUACGAACAAGACACGCCCAGAAGAGAGCGGGCGUACGCGGGAUCCGGAAAACCGAACAUCAUAUCAACUGAAGAGUGGAACAACAUGAGUGUUGGGCAGAGACGAGAGUUCGUCGAGCAGGACCGGAAGCGAAUCCUAGAUGGACUCAGGGAAGAGGCAUCAAGACGUGCGGAACGCGUUGAGAAUCGGGAAGAAUGGGUACAAAUCGCAAAGUCGACCUGGAUGGCGAAGAAAUAUGCGGCCGAGAGACCCAUCGAAGUCCCGGAUCACUACGAAGUAUGGACGAGGAUGGGCGUGAACAGCGUACGGGUGCACAAAGACUCAUAUGACAUCUUGUCCGAGGAGGACAUGAAAAGACUCGAUGAGAUCGUGGACGGGGAAGUUGGGACGAAGGGCGGUGAAGCCGUCAUGCCGGGGGCGAAUCGAAUCGUCUGGGAGGAGCAGCGCGUAAAGAUGAGCCUGGCAGAUUUCAUUGGGGAGUUGACCAACACGGCGUCGUAUCUGGCUCAGGCAUGCAGGGCGUUGAACGCCACUCCGAUGCUGCGCCCGCACUUGCCUUACGCGUUCGCCGUGAUCGCGAAGCUGAGGAAUUUCGUUAUGGCCUUGGUGCAAGCGUGUAAAGAGUACGGACUGGGGACUAAGGCGUUCGAACUCGUAGACUGCCCGAGGCAAUGGAAAGAGCCAUUUUCGGCAACCGCCGGGGAAAGGCCAGAGUUCUUCCCACGUUCACUGGUGGAGGUGCUACGAACACACGCUUCGGCGUUAGCAGUAGUGGGGACGAACGCUGAGAAGGCAUCUCUGUCAUACGACGCGGCCAUUGGGUACCAACGAACGAUGGUUGGGGAAGAGGAAGUCGGGAAGCAGCUCGCAGAGCACAUGAUGGAGGAGAACAUCCCGGACAGGUGUUACCGUGAUCAGCUCGAGGGCCGUAUUGGCGGUGACUGGGGGGGAAUUCCACGGACGUUCGGAAUGACAGAGGAGCAGGUGAAGGACAUGCUGAACAGGUACGUGGGCACGCCGCCAGGGAGCAUCACGAAUGAUGCGAUGAGGAUUCCGGGCCUGUCAAAGAACGAAGUUUUCAGGAACCCAAAGAAGCCGAGGAUUCCAUCCAUGACGGCGCUGAGCAGGGACAGCCGGGACAGAAUAAUGGGGACAAUGCCACCUGAGGAGCUCAGGAGCGACCUGGAUCAGGCGCUCAACCGCAUCAACGCACUGCAGGACGAGGUCGCAGCGCUCAGGGCGCUAGACAGAGCGGAGCCUAUCUCCGAAGAGCGGUUGACACGAAUCAUGGAGGCAGCGAGCGAGCCCGAGGAGGUGGACAAGCUGAACCCGUUCCAGGGAACAUACUGGGGAAAACAGGACGAGCUGGACAAAUACGAUGAGAUGUUCGCGAGAAAUGACGGGCUGGCAAGGCGCGUUAUGGACAUGAAGGAGGAGCGAGAAAGAGUGGCGACGCAGCGCGUCUCGGACGCAGACGAGCAGAAAAUGCAGGAGAUGGUAGCAGCCAGAAUCGCGGCCAUCGCCGAGGAAAUUGAGGAGGAGACAAGGCAGCGGUACCUGAAGAAUCUCGAGGCACAAGACGCUGGGGAUUUCUCGGUGAGAAAACAGCUGGAGUCUGCUACUGAAACGAUUCGCAAGCUCAAAUCCGAGAUAGAAAGAAUGGGGAAAGCUGGGGACGCAAGUACAGCGAGCGCCGGCAGCCAAGGAUCGGACGAGAAAAUGAAGGAGGCUGGGGAGAAAAUCAGGCGCCUUGAGGCGGAGUCAUCUGACCUCAGGAAGGAGAUUGGGGAACUUCGCAAAGAGGUCAUGGACAAGGACCAGGAGAAAAUCAGAACGCUGAAGGCGGAAGCGAGCCUCAAUGACUACAAGCUCACCCUCGAGGAUACCAUGCAGAAGUGUAUGGGUGCAAACACAGAAAAGGAGAGGGUCGAGAGGGAGAAAGGCGAGGCCGUGGAGGCCGAGAGAAAAGCAAAGAAGGCACUGGGAAAGGCAGAAGAGCAAAUCGCCCAGAUGCUCAAGGAAAUGGAGAAGAUCAAGACGGCCGCCUCUCCUGGGGAUGAUAAAGACGCUGGGGAUAACGUCCCACGGAAAGAAUAUGACCGACUCAAAGCGGACAAAGAAUCUCUCGAGAUGAUUACAUCCAUGAAGGAUGCGGAAACGAGGGUGCUUAGAAAGGAUUACGAAAAGCUCGAGGGAGAUAUGAAAAGACUGGAAGAGACAAACCGCCGUACGAAGUUGGAGUCCAUCUCAAAGGAAGAACACGAUAGGCUGAAGGCGAAGAUGGAAGAGUCGAAUCGCGAAAAGGACGACGAGAUACAACGGCUGAAGAAAUUGUUGGAGGAGGCUAGGAAGGCGGUACCGACAGAGAGUGCGACCGGGGAAUCAGACGCUGGAAAGAAGAAGGGAAAAGAGUCCAAGGCUGGGGAGAAAGUCGGUAAGGCGAAAGAGGAUAGGGCUGGCUCGCCAAAGGCGAAAGAAAACGAAGACGAACUGAAUGAGGCAUCUGACGCAAAGGAGAAGGAAAAGAGCUCGGAAAAAGGGACCGAAAGCGGGGUCGAAAGCGAGGAUGCCGACACGAAACAGCUUAGACAAGCAUCGCGAGGGAACUUGUCAGAAGAAGAACUCAGAGAACUGAGAUCGCGAAGCCCCGCAGGGAUGAAGAAGGACGAAACGUUCACGGACGACCAGGGGAAGACGUGGAAGAAGAAAGACAAAUCCGAUACGGGGACCAAGGGCGCGGAAGCGGAAAGUCCGGGGAACGAUCCACCGUCGGCCGAGAGCUCCACCAAAUCGGGUGCAGACGAUCUAGUAGUGAAGAUAGAAGUCAAGGCGGAAGGUGUGCUGGGGAUGGACGUGCAUGGCGAGAAGAAGAGCGCCGUGGGGCAAUGCACGGUCAUAGUUGACCCCGCAGGGCUGGGCCACAUUCGCAGCGGGCCAAUGAGAGCUGGGGGAGCCUCGAAGGCAAUCUACAAGUGGCUCGGUUUCGUGGCGGGAGACAUCUUCCCUGUAAGAGUCCAGGACAUAGUAGACAGCGAGGGCAAGGCAUGCUUCCACCAAUACGAGAAAGAUAAGAACGUAAUCCAUGCGGUGGGGCCAAAUUUCAAGGAUUACACAAAAGUCGAGGUAGACGGACCAGCCGGAAAUAUGCUCGCGACCACGUAUCGAAACAUAUUUAAACAAGCAGUGCGGGCAUGCGACCUCUAUGGUAUUAAGAAGCUAAGACUUCUACCGAUCAGUUCGGGAAUAUUCGCUGGGGAGAUGUCACAAGCACAAAUGGCGCCGUUUACGGCCCAAGCGAUCCAAAAGGCCCUGAGAUCCGUGGAGAACUACGUUCUAUCUACGCUAGCAUGGAUGGAGAUCGCGAUGUGCGUAUUCGAACCGGACCAGGUAGAAUUAUACCAAGAGGCGUUGAAAGAGUUGUCGGACGGGUUCGUGCGACCGGCAAAGCUUCCCAAGGGAAUGGGGAAAGGUGGCAAAGCCGGAUCACAGAGCGGCGCGAGACACGGUGAGAAGGGAGGAAAGCCGCAAGGUGGCGACGGCGAGAAUGACGAGGAUGGGGACAAACGCGGGGAAGAAGACGAGGAGCUGAAGGAACGAGAUAUCCUGGAUACCAUAAUUGGGGACAGAACGACCGACUACACUGAGACGGUGUCGACCACCAAGUUGGCGGAGGAAACACAGUUGGAAGUGGAAUCCCCGACGGCAGAGGCGGACAGAAUGAAGACGGACUCAGACGGAAAGAAACAACGCAACCUCAUUGUCGCGGACGUUAUCAAUCCAGUACGGGAAGAACAGGAAGACGAGAAGGCAGCAACGCUCACGGGAAUGGAGGUUGCCUGCGUGGAUAUCGAUGGAGUCGUCGGGAGAGACGCGUUUGGGAGGAAGGCAAGCGUUCCCAACUGGGACGCUGGACUCGGCCAAGGUGACAGGAACAAAGGGUACGACGCGGCCGGGAUGAAUCGUACCGUGCUAACGUUGGGGCCAGCGAUCGAGAAAGCCAGCGCGAUAAAGUAUGAUGUGACCUAUCAGUUCAUCGACGCUGCAGUGAACGCCAUGAAGGACAUGGAGGAAGAGAAGAAAGCGAAAACCAUCGAGGAACUGGAAUGGGGUACCAUCAUCCCUAAGAAUCACGCGCCGGGGAAAACAAUUGUGCUGAGAAAACAUUACGAGGACAUCGUAUCCCCUCUGGCGGAUGAAGCCAGAAAGGCGCUGGAUCUGAGAAGGGUAGACCACGAAAGAGCCCUCAAGCAAGCCCGGGAGGCAGAGAGUGACAUCGUCGUGAGUUGGACAUGCGCUACCAGGACUGAACUGGGGAUUCGCGUAUACCACUCGAAAGAGAAGGAGCCGACGCACGAUGUCACGGAGGCUGGGGAGGCCGGGAAUGAGAAACGAUAUCCCGAGGAAGUCAUUAUGCGUCUUGCAAGAAAUGUGGCUGACAUCGUCGGUCAUGGAUUCGAAGGGAUGAAAGAAAGCGCGAGUGACCGCGAAAAGCAGAAAGGGGGACCGGGAGCAGCCAAUCGUUCAAACCCUCUCAACGAUCCGUAUUUCCUCAAGUGUAACUCCCACGCAGUGCCAUGGGAAUGGAUCCGGGAGAGGGUAGAGGACAGAUGCGGAUACACCAUUCGGGAUCUCGAGACAAAGGAGAUUGCGUACCAGGCACAGAAUUAUGGUGUGGAAGUGCUAGGAACGCUGGGGAUAAGCGCGGGGAAGAAUGAAGAAGGAACAGAGACCGUCAGAUUGGGUAUUCAUCGGGUGCUGGCCAUGAGACCCGCCGCCACGAUUGGGACGAUCCACCAGGUGGCGGGCACGACGGUGUCCGGUAGGGAGGAUCGGCUGGUGCCAAAUGGGGAAAGCGCCAAGGGUAUUUGGAAAGAAAUCGAGGUUGGGGAGUUGCCCAAGCUCGCGUACUACACUGUGGGUAUCGGGCAGUGGAUCAAGAUUAUGGAAAACAAUCUGACCAUCACCCCGGAGAAAGGUGAUGAGAAUGUGGUGUUGGACUGGUACCCGACGGACGACGCUGCCGUACAAUCCUCCGUGGCAGAAACGACGCAGGACGAUGACCUCGAUGCAAUGGUGCCGCUCAGACUGGAUCACUCGAAAUACGGGAGGCACCCUCAUGUGAUCCAGCAGCUCAGGAGACUGGCGCACCGGGGAAGACGAGUGACCUUCGCCAUUGACGUUGCUCUAAUUAGAGCCGCUGGCGGAAGAGUGUAUCUCACGAGGAAUGGAAGGUUGGCAAUUCCGGGAAUCAUCCCGAAUGCAGCGUGGCAGUACAUAUACUUCGAGGACACGUGCACGCUGAUAUAUGACCGGGGAAUGGAGAUUGCUAGAGCGGACGUAUCCUACCAGGGAAAGACAAGCAGUGACGACGAGACGUUCGCGGAGAUCGACAGCAAACGAAUGAAGGACCCACGACACGGUAACGCCAUCACGUUGCUCAACAAGUGUGGGGUACCGACGACAUACUGCGUGGCACGCAAGAAGAGAAGGAUGAUGGGGAUAACGAUAUGUCAGUCGUGUUUCUUGCCGCAGGUCCCAAGGCCAGACUUUCUGGAGGGCGUGCCGGGGAAGACGUUGGGGAGGUUAGAUUCGCCAUACGCACAAUGGAAGAAGAAUUUCGUGGCAACGGGGAAGGAACUGGGUAUUGACAUGAAGAAGACUGGGGACAGAUAUCAGGAGCUCAAGCUUCACCCGAGAGCUAUCUCGGGGAUGUUCUCAUGUUUUCAUCCUAUCGAGGAUACUGUCAUGCACUACAGAACGGGGAUCCAGACGGACACCAUCGCCGCGGCGCGGAAGGCGAUGGUGAACAGAUUCCUCAUGGACGAAGUGUACGUGAGAGCGAUGUCAAUUGACCUGAAGAUUGGGGGAGAAAUCGCCAAGAUGUACAACAACCACGUAGGCGUGCUCCAGCGUGAGCUCUCUCAAUGCAGAUCAUUUGGGGAUGUUUACAUGCUACCGUGCAUGAUAAGCACGCUGUACACGAGGGUACAGUUCUACACGUCACCAGCGGGAUCCAGCCUCCGAGCCGCAUUCUGGUAUGCGCUGCGUAACAAAAUGGCGCUGGACGCGUUCCUGACAAAGAUGCAAAGGGGAGAAGGAGCGGCGAUUGGGGGAGCGAUGCCCGAACAGUGCGCAGUAUCGCUUACGAAGCAUCUUUUGGCUGAUAUCAUCGAGGGAUGGAAGGUGAUAAAGAGCUGCCUUGACGACAACGUAGUGAAGCUACGCUACAUGCAAAACCUCAGGGACGGAGGAGCUGGGGAGACGACAAUCAAGUCGAUAAAAGAGAUUAGAGUGAUGGACUUCGAGGAAGCGAGACGUGGGUCACAGGAGGUGAACAAGCAGGGACAGUACAAGUACGAGACGCCGAUAAACGUGGCGCUUCAGACGUACUUCCUCCGCAAGUUUGAGGGAGGAUUCGUAGUCACUGACCCGGCGAACUUCGGGAGAGGGCCACAUGACCGCGUGAUCGAGGCCAUGUUCGAGAGGAGGAACUCUGUUUACUGGGCGCCAGCGAGGGCUUUCGUGGAGAAGCAGAGUUACCGCCCGGCAAGACCGGUGGUUUUCCGCGGGCCUGCCAUGUCCGAGACGGAAGUGGAAGGGACAAGGGGAGAAAGGGAAGUGAGGCCGCGUCGGGGAGAGAGAAGAGAGAGGGAGGAAAUGGCUGACGAAGACGAAGGCUGGGGAGACUGGGGAGCGGAAGGACACGUGGACCAACCAGAGACGAUUGGGGAGAACCAGAGAGAACGGAGCGGCCCGGUCACGGGCGACG